CACGUCCCUUCGGGUGACGUCAGGUCGGUGGGGUCAGAGUUGACGCUGCUCGAGCGGCGGGUGGCUGUUGGCCGUGGCGCUUCCAGCGAUGGCCCCGUUGUGCCGGGGGAAACGCCUGAGCCGCCGGGCUCUGCUUGCCCUCACCGCCGCCGCCGCCUUCCUGGCGCAGCUGCUGCGACACGGCCACGCCGCCGGCUUGUACAGCAGCCAGGACCCGCUGGUCAUCCUGGAGGCCCAAGGAGCCAAGGCGCUGCUGGUGAACUCGUCCACCGCCUGGGUAGUGGAGUUCUACUCCUCCUGGUGCGGCCACUGCGUCAACUUCGCCCCCACCUGGAAAGCGUUGGGCCGCGAUGUCAAAGAUUGGGAAAUGGCAAUCAGGUUAGGUGCGAUGGACUGUGCUGACGAGAAGAAUUUUGCCACUUGUACAGAAUUUGGUGUUCACUUCUAUCCAACUUUUAGGUACUUCAAAGCACUUGCAAGUCAUUUCACAACUGGAGAAGAUUAUAAAGGAUCAAACAGGGAGGUGCAGACUUUACGACAGAUAAUUAUUGACUUCCUACAAAAUAGUACAAAUCCUAAUAAACCGCCUGCUUGCCCUGUAUUACAACCAAUCAGCUCCUAUUCAAUCCUAACAAACAUGGGUAAACACCAGAAGCAUUAUACUGCUGUUAUCUUUGAAACAGAGUUAUCCUAUGUGGGUCGGGAGGUGAUUCUUGACUUAAUGCGGUAUAAAAAUAUUGUGGUAAACCGGGUAACAGAUAUAGAUGAAAAACUGAUGGUGAAACUAAAUAUUCAUUCAUUGCCAUCUUGCUACCUAUUCCAUCCCAAUGGCUCUCAUGGAUUGAUUCACAUGCAGAAGUCUCUGCGAUCAUUCUUUACUUCCUAUUUAAAGUCUUUGCCAGGUGUAACCAAGAGACUGCCUUUCCAAAAAAAAGAGCCUGUGAGGCAGAGAGAGGAAACAAUAGUUGCAUUAAAGCCCUGGAGUGAUAUUGAUCAGGGUAAGGUGUAUUUGGCUGAUCUGGAGUCUGCUUUGCAUUAUCUGCUUCGAGUAGAACUUGCUAGCCACAAGAUAUUGGAGGGGCCCGAACUAACAACACUGAAGGAUGUAAUUACAGUUCUAUCAAAGCUAUUCCCUGGACCGCAGCCAGUAGUAAAACUACUGGAAACAUUACAGGAGUGGUUGGUGAGCCUUCCAUUGGAUAAAAUUCCUUAUGAAGCAAUUUUAGAUCUGGUGAAUAACAAAAUGAGGAUAUCUGGAAUGUCGCUGAGAAACACUGUCGAGUGGGUUGGUUGCCAAGGCAGCAAGCCACAGUACAGAGGUUACCCAUGUUCUCUCUGGACACUGUUUCAUGUCUUGACAGUACAUGCUGAGAAGCGUCCUGACCUGCAGAUUAUUGCUGGUUUUGAUAAUGGUCCUCAAGUCGUUCUGCAAGUUAUCCGAAGGUACAUUCAUCAUUUCUUCGGCUGUCGGGUCUGUUCACAACACUUUGAAAAAAUGGCUGAAGAAUCUAUGGAUGAUGUGCAAACACUAGAUGGUGCUAUUUUGUGGUUGUGGAAGAAGCAUAACGAAGUAAAUAAUAGGCUGGCAGGUGCUGCAAGUGAAGAUCCAAUGUUCCCGAAAGUGGCUUGGCCAACUCCAGACCAUUGUCCAGAAUGUCAUGAUGAAAUUGAAGGCAUCCAUACCUGGAAAGAGGAGGAGGUUCUGAAAUUUUUGAAGUCUCAUUAUAGUGUGGAUAAUAUUUCAUAUAAAUAUAGUGGAUAUGAAUCUGAACCCCACUUGGCAGUCAGUGAAGCUCAUAAAUAUAAUGGAAAUAAGGAUAAGGAUGAAGGGCAACCCAAACUGAUAAAUCACCAAAAGGAGCAAAAUGUCGACUCUCCAAAUGAAGACCAAAACUCAAGAUACAGUGCCUUGAGGAAGAGAGAACAGAAAGUAGUCAGUCGCAAACAAGAUAUCAAACAGGUUGCAUUUUUUGGAAUAGGCUUUUCCAAUGCGGACAUGAGCCUUUGUGUCAUGCUGUAUGCGGCUUCCUGUUUUUUCCUAAUGAUCAUGUACUUCUACUUCCAAAUGAGGUCCAAAAGGUGGAAAAGCAGAUAUAACCGUCCUUGUGUUUAAGACAAUUUUCAAAUAAGUUCUGAAAAGGAAAUGACUCAUCUAUUUUGCAUAAGUAAUGCUUCUGGUGAGAAUAUUCACAGACCUCUUCUUGCCCUAACUUGCACCUUCACUUUUAACUAUGAAUUUCAGUCUGGAUUAUGUUGCAAAGUUGACAUGUGGCUAUUUUCCAGAAAUUCCACCUCCUUUAAGAAAAUGAAAAAAAUAUUUAAGUUCUUUAUGUGCCUUUAUUAGAGGAAUUUCAUCAUACCCUGCCUAUCAUCGAUAGCUCCCCAUUUUAACUUGAAUUUGAUGAGAUUGGGUAGAAUUGGAAAUCCACUGAUAUCUCAUCAGGGCACACUUGUCCAAAAUGUCUUGGCAAAUAUUGUAACAUUCAGUGGGGAUGAAGGUUGGAUGUUUUGCAUUAUAUCCAUCUCUGAUUUUUAAUUUUUUUUUCAUUCUACCUCUCUUCCAUUGCCCUAUUACUCCUUUUGGAGUUAACAAAAUUGAAAGAAAAGUCCAAAUUCAAAAUUGAAUUUGGACUUUUAUUGAUUAUGUUUACUCUUAGAGCACGAAGUUCUGAUCCUGCUCUGACCACUCUGGUGCUCUUAAUUCUCCCAACAUGGUAUGUGGUAACAGACAGACUGUACCCAAUGUACCUUGCCAGACAUUUCCAAAUGUUCAUUGUUCUCAAGUGGAAGACCUCUUAACCUUCAACACAAUAAUUAAUUUGAAUAACCUCCAAUUCCACAUUUUUAGUUCUAAUGUCAAAUGUUAGUUAACUUUACCAAGUUAAAGUCUUUACAUUAAUUCAGUAAUUGUCAUUUUGGCAUAGGCAAGAUGAACUAAUUUGAAUUUCAUGAUCAGAUCAGUUAUAUGCACCAUGCGGUGUAACUCAAAAUGCUGGAGAAACUCAGCAGAUUAGGCAGCAUUUAUGGAAGCCCAAAAUGUCAACUAUCAUUCAUUUCCAUAGAUGCUGCCUGACCUGCUGAGUUCCUCCGGCAUUUUGUGUGUGUUGCUUUGCAUUUCCAGCAUCUGUAGAUUUUCUCAUGUUUAUGUGGCAUAACUGUUAGUUUUUUGACUAUAUCUCAUUUUGUAUUUAAAUAACUUUAUUGUCCACAUUUUAAACAAUCAUAUAUUUCACAAGAGGUUCAGCAAAUGCUGGAAAUCCAGAGUAACAAACAAAAGAUGCUGGAGGAAUACAAAAGGUGAGGCAGCAUCUACGAAAAGGAAUAAAUGGUCUCAAGCCAAAGCAUCAACUGUUUAUUCUUGGUGGAACACAGCAGGCCAGGUAGCAUCUAUAGGGAGAAGUGUUGUCGACAUUUCAGGCCAAGAC